AUGAACGCGGCAAUGACAUUUCAUGCUAAAAGCUGGAAGGACGGGAAACCCACCGACGAGGACAUAUUCGUACCAGAGGGGUUCGUCUGGUAUACCAUCAAAGCGCUCGCGACUGCUUGUCUGGUGCUUCGCGAAGGCACCAUCGAUGGCACUACGGUUGAUGGCUGGAGACCCAUCACCCACUUGGAUUUGCAGUUACCAAACAUACUUUUGAAUGUUUAUACUCCACAGAUUCCGGAAGCCAAAGGAAAGUCAAAAGCGGGCUCCUCCAAGAGUGCUAGACUCAACCGUGCCGACGCUGACGAUUGGAGGGCUAGAGAGCCUCCCGUGAUGCCUGUUCUCGCAGACUUUGGUAUUUCCUUCUUCAGUCCGGAUCGUGGCAACUGUCCGAUUACCGACAAUCCUGACGACUAUGUCAUCCACGAAACUGACACGCGAUAUCCUCCUGAAAUGCACCAACAAGAGGAACCGUACUAUCUCGAGUUGGGUGAAAGAACUGAUGUUUGGGGCAUCGGUCACAUCGCAUGGAGGCUCUUAUGUAAUAAGCAAGUUGAUGUAUUUGGUCCGAUUCGUUGCGACACAAAACCUUCGCGCAGCACGAAAAAAGAUGACCAGCACAAAAUCCCGUUAGCCCUUAGACAUGAGCACAACGUCCGUCCCAAUGAUGACAAAAGUGUACUCGCAGAGAAGAGCACUGCACAAUAUACAGCUGGGAAGUACGGGCGAGAAGUCAAAGAGUUGGUGCGGAGGUGCUUGAACUUCGAUCAUAAUCUCAGACCGACUCUAAGAGAAAUCCUUGCUGAGGUCGAUCAAUCAUUCUCGGAUGACGACGUCUUGACAGACCAGAUCAAGGACAAAGACGGGCUACAACUCAUUCUGCCAGAUACUCCCGAGUUCGCCAUUGGACAGCCAGUCGACGCAGCUAAAAGAAGGGGACGUGAAUGA